CGUUCCGAUUUCCUGUCAUCAGUCUCUGAGUAUUGCAGUGAAAUUCAUCGGGGAAACGUUGAACUGGAUAUUUUCACAAGCGCAGAAAUGUUGAAACUGAAAGCGGUUUGUCUCAGGAAGUACUGAGGGUGAACAUGGCUUCCAGACUGCAGGGAGAGAGUUGGACCGAGGAGACAAUUUGUCCCAUUUGCCUGGAUUUCUUCACCGAUCCGGAUACACUGGAUUGUGGACACAACUUCUGUCGCCCUUGUAUCAUCCAGAGUUGGGAAAAGAAGAAGAUAACGUCCUUCCCGGAAUGUAGAGAGGUGUUUCCGGAAAGAAACUUCAGGGGAAAUCGGGAUCAACUGAAUCUUCCUCACAGAGAAGAAAUCGGCGGCUCUACAAACGGAACUGUUCCAGAAGCGGAGGAUUUCCGAAGUGAGGUUCAUGUUUACAGGAUUCAUGCUGAGAUGAAGACACUCUCAGUUGCUGCUGCCUCUCAGUCUCUCGGACAGUUCACCGGCCCUUUACAGUACACAGUCUGGAGAGAGAUGAUACACACCAUUCACCCAGGUCCAGUCUCUCUGACUCUGGAUCCGAAUACAGCGCAUCCCUGGCUCAUCCUGUCUGAGGACCGGACCAGUGUGAGACUCGGAGACACAGAGCAGCCGCUCCCUGACUCCCCGGAGAGAUUUGAUUCCUGGGAAUGCGUCCAGGGAUCAGAGGGAUUCACAUCAGGGAGACAUUACUGGGAGGUGGAGCUGGGAGAGAUGUUCUGGUGGGCUCUGGGAGUGGUCCGAGAGUCUGUGGAGAGGAAACGGGAGAUCACCCCGGGCCCGGAGACUGGAUUCUGGAUUGUGGGGCUGGUACCCGGAUGUGGUUAUUUUGCCGCCACCUCCCCCUUCCUGACCCCCCUCUCCCUGAGUGUGAAUCCCCGGAAGAUCGGGGUUUACCUGGACCAUGAGGGUGGACAGGUGUCAUUUUACAAUGCAGACACCAUGUCCCAUCUCCACACUUUCACCCACACUUUCACUGAGAGGAUUUUUCCCAUCUUCAGUCCGGGAUGGAAUGAAGGCGGGAGAAUCACCGCCCCGCUGACAAUCUGCGGGAUUAAAGGGCACUGACAGAUCCAUCCCAUAAUUUCAAUCCGUCCCCCUGCCUCCUGCCAGCUGUAAACUGAUGGGGUCGGUCUCAGUCUGGGGGAAAGAAGGAGGGAGGGGGUGAGAAGAAACAAAUAGAAGCUCAAUUGUUGAGAGGGACUGACUGGGUAGAGUGAGCUGUGAGCUGCAGGACCUUCCUGCCUGUAAUGUUGCUCCACAGGCGGGAGGUGGCGCUACAUGACAGUGUUGGAAAUGAAUCAGUCAGUGGGUCUCAGACUGGACUCAGGGGAGUCUUUCCAAGAGGAGACUAGAACAUUUCCCUGCAGGGUCAGUGGAGUCUUUCUGGUGGGAAAAUUAAAUAAUUUCAUUGCAGAGUCAGUGAGGUCUUUGCCCGAAUGGGACUGUACUCACGCAAAAUACAAAUGUCAGACUGAUAUUCUUUAGACUUCCAGCAUGUGUCGGUAAUGUACAUGAUUUAGUAACAUAGGGAAAUCAGUCUUGAUUUGCUCAGGUUUGUAACUAUUGUCCAGAAUGUUGCCGCUCUUUCAUAAAAUUGGAAAAUUUGGAAACCUCAGAUUUGAAAGGGGUGGGUGAACUGAUCAUUUGUGUCAGGAUCAUAGUUAAGUAUGUUUGAAACCGUUCAGUUUGUACAAAACUACAAUGGAGUUGGAAUUAUAGCUAUCACUUGUUCCUGAUUUAUUACUCUCUCAUCAUUAUCUGCACUGAAAUAAUCCUUAAAUGAGCCCAAGGAAAAUAUCUUUGCUAAAAGUCAUUAAUCCAGCACUCUGUGCACAGAACCAAUUCAGAUUUUGACAAUGUUUACGUUUAUGUAAUUAUAAUUUAUUUUGGAGUGCAGUAUAAAAUUUGAAAAUAAUUUCUUCAAUCAAAUCAACAUCUGUGAUUCACUAGAGUGAAAGCAAGGUUUCUAAAAAAAAUAUUUCAUCAAUAAAUCCAAGAGAGUGAACCUGUUGAGAUUUUGUUUGUAAAUGUCUCCAGAAUAUGUAUCCUUAUACCCUGCAUUCCAAAUUCAUCUGGAUUAUUUUAAAAUUCACUAUUUCAAGUCAAUGGAGUGUUAGCUAUCUGGAAAUUAUCCCACAUUUAUUCUGGAUCUUCAGUCAUUGCUCCCUUAUUUAGGGUCUUAGAAUCAGAGAUUGAUAGAGUUCUACAGCAUAGAGAGAGGCCCUUUGGCGCAAACUGUCCAUGCCAACCAAAUGUUCUAUGUAUUCUAA